UCUUGAACUGUUUGGACUUCUACAACAUGCCAUCUGCUAAUCAAAGGCUCACAGUACAGCAGCAGACAUCAUCUUUAUCAUGUCAGUAACGCUACACACCUCUCUGGGUGAUAUCAAGAUUGAAGUGUUCUGCGAAGCGGCACCGAAAGCGGCAGAGAACUUCCUAGCAUUAUGCGCUUCAGGAGCAUACGAUAAUUGUCUCUUUCAUCGAAAUAUCAAAAACUUUAUGAUACAAACCGGAGAUCCAACCGGCACCGGCAAAGGAGGACAGUCGAUCUGGGGCAGUCCCUUUGCAGAUGAGAUCCGGCCGACGCUCAAAUUCAAUUCUCGUGGAGUAGUCGCCUGCGCAAACGCUGGCCCGGAUACCAACAAAUCGCAGUUUUUCAUCACAUAUGCCAAGCAACCAUCUCUCGACGGAAAAUAUACCAUCUUUGGGCGAGUAAUAGACGGAUCAGAUUCCACCCUGGAAACCAUGGAGAAGGUCCCAGUCAACCCAAAAAACAGGCCGCUGCAUGAGAUUAAACUCGAAUCGAUCACAAUCCACGCCAACCCGAUCGCAGAUGCCGCUCGAUAGAAGAAAGCACGAAAGUAUUGUCGUC